AUGCUUAACUCGUAUAGAUACUUUAGAACGAGUUAUUGUCAUAAGAGAAAUAUAUUAUUAUUCUUAAAUAGAAAGAGAACUUUUCACGAAUAUACAAGAAGGCAAAGAAUAUAUAAAAAUAAUGCUGCCAUGCGAAAGGACAGAAUAAAUAAACAAACAAAUAUACAACUAAGAGAAAAAUUAAAACUCAUUAUUUUUAGUUCUGUGUACUUUUUCACCUGUGACUAUAUUUAUCAUCUGUUUAUAUUAAAUGAUUCUAAAAAGGAAAAAGUAGAAAAUAAGAAAAAAUGCUCAAGUAAUAAUUUCAUUGGGGGAGAUGACAGUAGUACCUUUCUGCAUUAUGUGAAAAGACUAAAUAUAUUUGCAAAGCCAGAAAAAGUGGAAAAAGAAUAUUUACAGGAUGAAAAAGGAAAAGGAAAAAUAAGCAGUGGUAAUAAAAAUGCUUUAAAAUAUGAGCAUAAAAAUGAACUAUCUCCUGUCGAAAAAAAUGAAAUAAAAAUGUGCAACAUUUGCGAAGAUAAUUGUUCGUAUGAAAUAAAAAUAAAUCGUAUAAAUAGCUUAGAUUAUAAAAAUCAAAAGGAUGAAAUGAAGGAAAGUAAUUCAGGGAAAGAAACACUAACUAAAAAAAAGCAAACAUUUGGAUAUGACUACAGCGGAGGGGGGAACAAAAACACCCUGACCGGACAGGAAAACAAUAUUAAAGACAUAAUUGCAAAUAAUUUUUAUAGAAAUGACAUUUUCAAUGGAUGCAAUUUGUUUUUAUUUGUGAACGGAGUAGUAUUUUUGAGUUGGAGGUUAAGUGAAAUUGCUCGAAAUAAGAAAUUCUUUCAUUUCAUGUGCAGACAUUUUAUUUGCUCUUAUGAAAAUAUCAAAAAAAAGUAUUACCAUACAAUUUUUACAGCUAGUAUCAGUCAUAUAACUGUUCCUCAUUUUUUAUUUAAUAUGUGGGCAUUCCACACUAUUACUAACACCUUAUUAUGUCCAGAAAUUAAAGAAAAUAAAAAAAAUUAUUAUAUAUUCUUUAAUUAUAAAUCAAAUGUUUUAGAGAAAAAAAUAAAUGAUAAAGAUAUAAUUAAUGUUUGUUUAUUAUCAGCAAUAAUUUCAACUAUUCCUUAUAUUCUUCUUCAUAAAAGGAAUCAAAUAUUAGGUGCAUCGGGAUCUAUCAUGGGUCUUAUAUACCUUCUAUCAACAGUUAAGCCAAAUGAAAUUUUUGUAUCCAUAUUUCCACUUCCAUAUUUAAAGAUGACAGCUUUGCAAUUAUGUCAUAUGUCAAUUUUAACAAAUUUCCUUUUUUUGUUUUUUAAAAGAAAUAAUUUUGGUAUUGCUUGGUCAGCCCAUUUAUUUGGUAUGUUAGGAGGAGUAAUUUACAAUUUAUAUCAAAGAAAAACAAAAAACAACUUCAAUUAUUACCCCUUCAUACAUUUGUCAAUCAAAAAUGGAUAUAUAGAUUACCUCAACUCGUACUUAGAUUUAGUAGAUAUGUUAACAUGUUUGCAACUACAAACGAAGUUAUUCUUUUCCUUAGACCCUCGUGCUAUGCAAAACAUAAAGAAAAAAAUGUACUCAAUAAAAAUGAAGCAAUCUCAGAGAAGGUUAAAAUUUCAUAUGUUGAAAGUAAAAAAUUUGGAAGCCAUGUCUAGGUAG